AUGGCAGGCCUCUUUUCCUCAAAAAAGAACAAAAAGGACAGGGACGACACAAGCAGCUCCAACAGCGGCAGCAACUACAACAAUAGCAACCAAAGAUACCAGCAUGGUGGUCGACCCAGCACAGCAAACCAGAGCCGAGACAACUUUAGCGCCAACAACAGUACUUCCCACUCUCCGUCCGACUACCCUUACAACAACAACAAUGGCUCAUUCCACCAGUCUUCCUCGCAACAGCAGUUGAGCAACUAUCAGCACCAGCAUUCCGCGACCAGUUUCUCGACACACCAGUCGAAUGGGACAUCUCUUUCCAGUGGACCUUGGUCGUCGGGGAUGGUGAUGUCGACCAACCCUUUUCCGAGGUUUUCGCAUACGGCCAGUUUUGUGAACACGGGGAACGAUAUCUAUAUCUUUGGUGGAGUUGUCAAGGGCUCUGUCCAGAGGGAUGUCCAUGUCAUCGAUACCCAGUCGCUGCAUUGCCAGAUGCUGCCCAUUGGUGGGGACGCCCCCGUGGCCGCAAAUGGACAUACCGCCGUCUCCCUCGGCCAAUACAUCAUGUACUUUGGUGGCAAGGACGCAAAGGGCAAGACAAGUGACGCCCUCUACGUCUUCCACACUGGCCGCAAGGAAUGGAACAAGCCCUUCAUCCAGAGUCUCCAACCCGCACCCCGUCACUCCCAUGCUGCCUGUGUCAUCGGUACUAUUAUGUAUGUCACCUGUGGUCAACUCUCGGGAUUCUAUAUGAACGACAUUGCCGCUUUUGACAUGAAGACCUUGAACGGCAAGAACCCUGUGUGGACUAUGAUCGAGCCAAAGUCAUCCAUGCCCCCCGCACGUGCUGGUCACUGCGCGGCGUCCUACGAUGGCAAGGUCUACAUUUUCGGAGGAGCUGACGACAAGUACUACUACAACGAUAUCUGGUGCUUUGAUCCUUCCAACAAGAAAUGGGAGGCAGUCCCGGCAUAUGGCAACCUGCCCACAAGUCGUCAGGGACACAGCUGCAUCGUGAUCGACGACACCAUGUACAUUUACGGAGGCAUGAACCAUGAGGAUCAAUUGCUCGGAGACCUCUGCGCCUUCAAGUUUACAGAACGCAGGUGGAUUAUGAUUGGUGUGACCGAGGCAGCCUCAGCCCGUACCGAGCACGCCAUGUGCAAUGUUGGCGACAGAAUCUACAUCUUUGGUGGUCAGCUGGAUCUGGUCGCCAACGAAGAUCCUGGACUCAUUCACGUUCUCGAAACUUCCAAGAUUCGCUGGAGUGACCCAUCGGGAUCGCAGAGAUCGGCGUACGACAACGAGAGCACGGCUCGCACAGAUAUGGGCAUGGAUGACAGGAGUUCAUCGUACAGCCGGCCCUCUCACACAACGGACUCACAGCGCGUUGCUGGACAUGACCAGAGUGGUCAUUCUGGUGACUCUCGACGUGGUCCCUAUCAGCAACAACAACAACAACAACAACAACAACAACAGCACAUCGACAGGUCAGAUUCGUAUGCUAGUCAACAACAGCCUCAUCAGCAACCUCAACAGCACCAGCAGCAGAGAUACCAGAACCAGCCCCAACAGCAGCAACGUCAGCAGGAUCAUCAGGAUCAAGUGUACUCUCAGUCUGACAUGAACGGAUCGCGCUCGAGACUCACCCCCGCAGAUGACUCACAAACUAAUCAGAGCUCGCCCUCUCGUUUGAGUAUCGAGUUCAAUGAGGCUACCCAUGUGGCCCGUCGUAGGACGAUUGGCAAGCCGGUCGGGUAUGUUGUUCCCGAGGCCGAAGUCCGUGGUACUCUGUCGAUUGAUGAGGUGCGUCGCCCACCAGUCAACGAGAGCUUGGAUCUGGAAAUGUCACGGGCCAGCCCUGUACAGAUUCAACGCGCUUCGCUUCAUCAUGGUAUCCAUGGAGGUUCAACAGGAGGAGUGGAUCCUGAGGAUCGUCUCGCCGUCGCGUAUAACCAGUCGAAUGGGAUCCGGCAGCAGAAGAGCUCGACGUCGAUUCAUGCGCAGUUCUCGCAUCUCGAUUUGAACCGCCAGGGAUCACCGUAUGCCUCAACCGCGACUGCCAACACGAGUCAGGUCAAUAGUCGUUCUACCGACUCACGCUCGCCCUUGAGGGUCCCCAACUCUGAUCAAGAGUCCGAGAUGGUCAACAGGAACUAUCAUCAAUCUUCGUCGACUUCGUCGUCCAACAACAACAACAGCAGCGAACUCAAGGAUCUCAAGCAGAGGGAGCAGUGGCUGAUGGCAGAGGUAUCGAUGGCUCGCAAAAAGAUUGGCGACCGACCCCUUAGUAUGGCGAUCAUGGCACUGGAGGAUGAGCUGGAGAAUUGUGAGGUCGACAGUGAGAAAUAUCGCAUCAUGCAGGCGCUCUUGAAUGUCAAGGCUGAGCUGGAGAGGUCCAAGACCACUAUUGCAACCCAGGCGCAGAUCGCAUCCAACAAGGUCCGUGAGGCCGAGCGUGUCCGUACCUCGGCUCUGCAGGAGGCUGCCUACCUCAAGGCCAAGGUCAGUGCAUUGGAGUCUGGAGAGGUUUCGGCUUUGGUCUCGACAGAGACUGCGAGGGCGACGGAUCUGGAAAAGAGGCUGACGAGCGCCCUGGUUCAGCUGGACAGGUACGAGGCUCAGUUUGUGCAGUACGAGACGAUCUUGGAGCACGAGAAGCAUUCGAGGGAGGCGGCGGAGGAUCGUGAACGCGAGGCGUCUUCGAGAGCCGAUGAUGCCCAGAUCGCUCACACCCGCGCCUUGUCGGAGUUGACCAACCUCCAUGAACGUGCCUCCGUUGCUGAAGCCUCCCUCCGUGAGACCGUUGCCAAGAGCGCCACCAGCGAAGCAGGGCUUUCAAGCUACCAACAACAGUCCGCGGCCUUGUUCUCGCAGAUCUCGACCCUCAAGACCACAGUCGAACAUCAGAAAAAGUCGUUGGACAAGGUCAAGAUGGCGUACUCUGUUGCCAACGAGCGUGCUGAGCAUGCUGACAACAUGUGGAACCAGUCGCGUAGGGAUAUGGACGAGACCCAGUUGGAGAUGGCCAGUGUGCGUGCGGAUAUGGAUCGUGCUCAGCGGGAGUCGGAACAUUGGAGGUCCAAGGCCAGCGAGACAGAGCUGUUGUGGCAAAAGGCCAAGAAGGAGAACGAGACCAUGCGAACCUUGCUAGAGGAGGACAUGAAUGCCGCCUACAGCCCUACGAGCAAGGACAGGAAGCACGACUCGAUCAUGGCUAUUACUUCGGCCUCCCGACUCGCAGAAUUGGAACAUGAGCUGACAACUCUUCGUGGCUUGCUCAAGGAGUCGCAGGAUGCACUUACUGUUGCCAACAGGGAUUUGGGAGACACUAUGUUACGUCUUUCGCAGCUUGAGCAGACAUCGAUGACUGCCAGAGCCGAGGCUGCGACUGCCCAGCGACAGUUGACCGAGCACCGUGGCAAGGUCACGAUAUUGCAGGCACAGUUGAUCCGGAAGGAGGAGGCGAUCGAAGAGAUGGUGAAGGAGCAGGAGAACAAUGAGGCUCAGCUGGGAUUGCUCCGUGGAGUCAUGAUGGAUAACGGUAUGCAGGCGGACGAUUUUAUUCUGGAGGCCUUAAGCAAGGGUAGCGCGUCUUCUACUGAUGGCAGGUCUUCGGCGGCUGGAGGUGCUGUUUUGCCAUUGAAGCAAAAGGUCCAGGAGGCCGAGAAGCGUGCGGUGGAGGCGGACAAGCAGGUCGAAGAGUUGACAAAGUUGAAGGUCGGACUGGAAGGGCGUAUUCAGCAGUUGGAGGCCGAUUACCAGACUGCCAUGCACUAUGUCCAGGGCACCGAGACCAAGCUCCAACGUCUCCGUGAUGAGGCCCAGGCUGCCAAGGAAGAAAAGGAUGCUCUCCGUGCCAGCUUGAAGGAUCUUGAGGCCAAGCAUGCCCAGUGCGCGUCUGGCGCUGGUUCUGGUUCUGGAACAGAGUUGACUGCAGAGUUGGAGGGGGAGGUUGCGGAUCUUCAUCGCCAAUUGCACAUUUCCCAUGAGCGCUCGGUUGAGUUGGAAAAGCAGAUCAAGGCACUUUCGAACCAGACCGGAUCGUACUCGCAGGGUCAGUUGGAGGCUGUGGAGCGAUCGUUGGCCGAGACCAAGAAGCAGUUGGAUCUGAGUCAGGAGGAGUUGCAGCAGGCGCAUGAGCUGAACAAGGUUACGGGUCAGGAACUGGAAGAUGCCUUGGAUGCCUUGAAGAAGAAUAAGUCUUCUCCCAAUAGCAGUGCGGGAUUGGAGGCGUCGAUGGAAAAUGCACAGAGGACGAUUUCGAGUCUGCAGAGGACGAACAAGGAUCUGGAGGAGCAGUUGCAGGCGUCGGAGAACAAGAUCUCGUUGCUGUUGGAUAACUUUCAGUCGGCUCCCGAGUCUGUACGGAACAGCGUUGCUUCUUUGAGCGCUUUGAUGGGUGUCCAUGGUGGGUCUGGGGGUGGAGAUGACUAUAUGCGGUUCAUGGAGAGUAGUGGACAUGGACAUGGGCACGGACAUGGGUACGGACAUGGUGGGCAACAGCAAGGACAUGGACAGUAUCGUACGAUGACGAACAACAACUCAUCUUCGUAUGCGACAUCGCCGCCCUUGUCCGGAAUGAGCUCACGGUCACAUAUGACGAGUCCAUCGUCGACGUCGGGAGAGUCGAUGCGGUCACCGACUUCUUCGUCGUUCCAGAGCAGGAUGAACGGACGGAAUAAUGGUGCUGGAGGAACUGCUGCUGGUGGCGGUCCUUCGAGGUUAGAGGCGGGGUCUGCGAUGAGCAACUCGCAAAAGUUGGAUGAGUACGAGAAGAUGAUUGAUGAAAUGACCAACGCCCGGCGCCAGUACGACGAGUGA